UUUCUGCCUCAAAGCAUGGGUCAGCCAGCGAGAGUGACCAUGGGUCAGACGCUCGACACCUUACACGCCACACGUUACCCAGUGUCAGGUGUUGCUCCGGUCGUCACCGCGACAGAUGUCUCUGGGCUGUUUCCAGACAGAGCGACGAUGGACCCAUUGGCUCACAGUGUGACGCCCCCAAGCAUGUCAACAACACAGGAGAAGUGUUACGACCCUCAUGACAAAACACUUAAAUUUGUCGAUGGAGAGGAUGAUUUGGACUUUUUGUAUGAAGGCUUCAAAUCUCUCAGAGCUCAGAUGUCCUGUGGUCACGCUGUGACCCCGACCUCUCUCACCAACUGGUGUCGCAGGUUGUUGGAGCAGGGUGAAAGCAGGUUUGUGUGUGGUGGGUCUGGUUGUGGUGCUGAGUGGACUUUUGCAGAGGUUUGUAAAAUGGCUCUUCUGGACCCUCAAGAAAGGCAGUACUUUCAAAAAACCAUGGAAUUUAACGCUGCCAGGCAAACACUUACUGCUAAGUUGUGUCCUGGAUGUGGAUCUGCUGUGACGAGAGAGAAUGGAUCAGAUUUGAAUGUCCUCUGUAAAAAGUGCACAGCAGUGAAAGGACGGCCGUUUGAAUUCUGCUGGCAGUGUUUGAGGGAGUGGAAGGGUGCACGGCCUCGGAAAGAUCGCUGUGAAAACCUUGGUUGUUGCAACCCGUCACUAGAAACUCUAAUAAAAUGCCCAAAUAUCACCUUUGAUUCAGUGAAGGAGUGUCCCUCUGUCCGUGCCUGUCCCACCUGUGGGUUACUGUUGGAGCACAGCAAGAAGCUUUGUAAAUUUGUUGAUUGCCCUCGGUGUAAUGUGUUGUUUUGUUUUGUAUGUCUGAAGUGCUCUGGUGAAUGUUGGAGGACCAGGUGCACUCCUGCCCCCAGACAGACCUCUAUACCUGUCUGGCAAAAGAAAUAAUGGGAAAGAAACAAGGCCGUUAAGUUUCACUUUCUUUAAAUUAAGAGUGGCUUUUUUUAAAUCAAUUCACCAUGCUGUGUUUUUUUUUAAUUCUCUGCUUUGAAUAACACAUUAAAAAUUAAAAAUUUU